GCGCGCCAAGCGCAAGGUGCACAUGCUGAGGCGCAUGCGGAAGAUCAGGCCCUUCGGCAAGGCCAUCACUGGCCACAAGGCGCAGUCUAUCGGCCGCGUCAUCCGUGCUGGCGCCUUGCCCGAGGCCACCUACGGCAGUGAGGUCGUCGGGCUCAGCAACUCGGAGUCGCUGAG